ACCCUCCCAGGACUCCCCACAAUCCCAGACCAGCCCAUCUGGGUUUGGGGUUGACUCUGGGGGGGCCUUCCGGGGACCCCUUGGCCCGCUCCAAAUUUCGACCAGCACCGAGGUUCAGAGGUUUCCUAGUGACGGGAGUGGCUGGGCAAGGCCGGCUCCUCUGCCUGGGGCCCAGGCCUCCUGGGUCCUGGGUCAGGCCUGCUUUGGCCUCUGGUCCUUGAAGCCUCAGCCUUGGACUGGUGGCUCGUGGAACUCUGGGCACAGAAAAAGCCCUAGAGGACGUACCUGAAAGCUGGGGACACUGUGGCUGGGCCUUACUGUGGGCCCCUUGCCAAGUCCCCAGAAGCUUGGUGGUUCCUGCUUCUUCUCCUGCCCUCUGAGCACCUCAGCCAGGGAGACAGCAGCUACAGCAUUGGCCUGGAGGUCCCCCUGAGGCCCCUGGCUUGCCCUGCCCUCCCCUGGGGGCUGCCUUUCCUGAGUGGUGCUAAGCCUUGUUGGGCUGACGAAGUGACAAAGGUCUCUGUGGGUGGCUGAGGGCUGCCCCGCCCUGCCUCCCCCUCACCUGCAAGCACUGAGUCUCCCAGGGCUUCCUUGGGCUUCCUGUGGGCACUCUGGCCAUGGUACAGAGGGUGUGAGUGGCCUGAGUCCCACUGAGGGCCGCGAAUGCCAUCCCAGCCUAGACAUGCCCACCAGCCCCGUGCAGGGACAGUGGGGUGGGCGCGCUGAGCCUUGAUCAGGAGCAGACGCUUUCCGCCUGUCAGAGCAUCCCAGGACUGGCCUCUGGAGGGAAAGAGCUCCCUGUCAUUGGAGGCAUCCCAGCAGUGACUGUUGCCCCCUUCUCCCUGCCCCCCUUCUAGCUCUGAGGGCAAUGUGGCUGACCCACGUGUCUCCUCAGGAGCAAUGGCUUCUGCCUUUGAGGGUGUGAUCAGGAGUGUGGUCCGGGAGCUGGACCACGGCGGCGACCUCAUCCCUGUGGACAGCCUGCAGAGCUCCACCAGCUUCCAGCCCUACUGCUUGCUAGGCAGGAAGCUCUCACGGUCGUGGUUCUGGAAACCCCGCUACAAGUGCAUCAACCUGUCCAUCAGGGACAUUCUGGAGCCUGAUGCCCCAGAGCCAGCUGUGAAGCUGAGCGCGCCCAUCCACGUCUACGACUCCAUGGACGGAGAGCUGCAGGGCAGCGGUGAGGUGGCAGCCCCAGGGCAGGGGAGGCUCGCGGGCGGGGCGGCGGUGUUCGAUAACUUCAGCAUCUCCAUGNACGUGCACACACUGCGAGUGGACCCCAACAUCUGGGACGCUAUGAAGAAAGAGAGGCGCCUGCGGCAGCCGGAACACAAGGUCCUACAGCAGCUGCGGAACUGUGGGAACGACGUGUUCGUGGUGACAGAGGUGCUGCAGACGCAGAAGGAGGUGAAGGUCACCCGCACCCAGAAGCACGAGGGCUCUGGCCAGUUUGCGCUGCCUGGAGCCUUAUCUUUCCAGGGCCAAGGCCAGGGCCACCGGAGCCGGAAGAAGACAGUCACCAUCCCCUCAGGCAGCACCCUUGCCUUCCAGGUGGCCCAGCUGCUUAUCGAUUCUGACUGGGAUGUCCUCCUCUUCUGGGACAAGAAGCACAAGAAGCCGAGGACCUUCGGGCUGCCUGAGGCAGGCCACCAGCUUACAGGCGGCCAGUCGCUGCUCUCCAAAUGCCUCGAGAUAGAGUCGGACAGGUUUGCUGAGGACUGGUCAGCAGUCACGGGAGACUUCCAGGGCCUGCAGGCAGAGGUGGGGGCCCAGGCCCAGAUCCUGCAGGGCUUGUCCCAGGAACUGUGCGGGCGGCUGCUGGCAGGCCUGGUGCAGGUUGUACGGGAAGAGUCAGCCCUGCAAACCCUGGAGGACGUGCUGGAACAGGCCCUGCGCUGUGGGUCGGUGGCCCCCCUGGACGGUCCAGUGGGGGCCCUCCUCGAGUGCCUGGUGCAUAGUUCCAGACAGCUGGAAGAGCAGCUGGCUCUCCCUGUCCUCUACCUGGUGGAAGCAUUGGCUGUGCUGAGUGAGACCCAGCAUAGGCUGCUCACGGAGAUGCUGGAGACAGCAGACCGGUCCGGGCAGUUCAAGCUGGUGCGGAGCGUUUUGGAGCAGAGCACCCCCUGGCGGGAGCGCAGGGAUGUGUCCCUGCCGCAAGGACUCCUGGAGAGCAGCUGGGGCCCAGAGGCACCUGCCUGGGUCCUGCUGGAGGAAUGCGGCCUGGAGGUGCAGGCGGACGCUCCCCAGGUGUGCUGGGAGCCAGAGGCCCAGGGCCGCACGUGUGCACUCUACGCCUGCCUGACGCUGCUGCUAGGCCUGAGCCAGGACUGCUGCUAGGGCUGAGCUGGCCCUGCUCCCCUGGGCAGCUCUCCAGAGGCAGCGGGGCUCAAGCCCACCCAGCUGCCAACCGUGCUAGGCCGGGAGCCCCGCCCAGCCUGUGGCCAGCUCAUCCUGGGGCUGGGAGUUGGGGAAAGUCAAUACACGUGAUGUACAAAGGAAAA